GUCCAAGUAUUUAUAAAAAGUAAAUAAAUAUUUAGGUAAACCCUAACCUUGGGACCCGGGAAACCUAUAUAGCCUCCACCUACAUCUCUUUGUCAUCAUUGUUUCCUCGUUUUUGAUAACUUCAAUUGGAAAUUUGGAAUUCGGAAAGUGAACUUCAAAACAGAGUGAGGAAACAGAGUGAGGAUUGAGAGAGAGAGAGAGAGAGAGCGAGCACCGGAGCGCUAUCAAUGGCAACUUCGUCGUCGUCGUCGACCAACUAUGAAUAUCUUUCACUUCUUGAUGCCAAGAAAGCCAUUGAUAUCAACAUCAAUCUAUUGGCGGUGAUCACUGAAAUUGGAAGCCCUAAAAAGAGCCGGGGAUCUGGGAGUUUGGCCAGAGUGAGAUUAUUAUCUCAAUCUAAAGAUAAUGGAUCAAUCCUCUCCUGCGCUUUCAGUCAAUUUUUUUUCACUGGAUCCAACGAAAUUUCCGCAGGUUUUGAAAAUUUGCGUGGUUUGGAUAGCCUAACAUGUACUGCAACUGUGUACUGUAACAAGUGA